GACGAGGAGUUUUGAGAUACGACCAGCAACCACCCACGACGACGACGACAAUCUCCCGGCCUUGAUCCCCAUCCGUCACAAUGGCGAUCAAGCACAACAACCAGAUUCUCAACCAGCACUUCCACAAGGACUGGCAGCGUCGUGUCCGCGUGCACUUCGACCAGCCUGGCCGCAAGCACCGCCGUCGUGAGGCCCGUCUCGCUAAGGCCGCCGCUGUUGCUCCUCGUCCGGUUGACCAGCUGCGCCCCGUUGUGCGCUGCCCUACCGUCAAGUACAACCGCCGUGUCCGUGCUGGCCGUGGUUUCACCCUCGCUGAGCUGAAGGAAGCUGGUAUCCCCAAGAAGCUCGCUCGCACCGUCGGUAUCGCCGUUGACCACCGCCGUGUCAACUACUCCAAGGAGUCGCUCGUCGCCAAUGUUGCUCGCCUCCAGGACUACAAGGCUCGCCUGAUCCUCUUCCCCCGCAAGAGCGGUCAGUUCAAGAAGCUUGACUCUUCCGCUGAGGAGGUCAACGCUGCCAAGGCUGCUUUCGCCGAGGGCAAGACCGAGGGCUUCGCCACCCGUGUCGGUGGUGCCCUCCCCAUCAAGAACGCCACUCUCGCUGAGGCCGUCACCGAGGUCAAGCGUGACGACCUCCCCAAGGGUGAGGAGGCUGCUUACCGCCGGCUGCGUGAGGCCCGCAGCGAGGCUCGCUACAAGGGUAUCCGGGAGAAGCGUGCUAAGGCCAAGGCUGAUGAGGAGUCUGCCGCCAAGAAAUAGAUAUCUUGAAUCACAGCUAAUGAUGAUCGGGUCAAUUUUCAAGUCGGGGAUUAGUACCUUGUGUGGCAUGGCGUCGCUCCUCUAUUUUCCGUUUUCACCUUUGUCCUUAACAUAAAAAGCUCCGAAACCCCCUCGAAAUGCAAAUGUCCCAAAUUUUCAUGUCUCCAGAAAGCUACUAGCUCCCCACCCUAACGCGAAUGAAGUGAAGACCCCAACCUCCCUUUUUUUUUUGUCGUCUUUAUCUUUAUGUUCCUUCUGGACGAUUUUGCCCAUUCGAUCUAUCUACCGAAGGACGCGGAAACCGAGUCUCAGGCUUCGGGUUCACCUCUAAAAAUACUCACUUGGAAACGGUAGACUUGAAGCACGCAGAGGCACGGAGCAAGCUAGUGUACAAAUGCGAUGAUAUACGGAGUAUAUUUGUG